AUGUGCUCGGCAGAAAAGGAGAAAUCGGGUCCUCAGAAAGGCUCGAAGGUUGUCUUGAGAAGGCUGCCACGUGACAUGACUUACAGUGAGCUGAUGACAAAACUCGGACAAAUACCACCGUCUAUUUACACGUAUUUUGUUCCUGCCGACAAAGAGAUGGAACCGUAUGCCUACUCACGGUGUUAUUUCACCUUCACAAAGAACUCAGAAGUGUUGGAAUUCAGUCGACGUUGGAAUGGUUAUCGAUUUGUGGAUGCUAAUGGGAAUCAUUCUGUUGCCAUAGUUGAGCUGACUGCGAAUGAUCGUGUACCUCGUAAGCCUCGAAGUGAUGUGUCCAAAGAUCCAAAAUGUGGCACAAUAGAGAACGAAGUGGAGUACAAACAGUUCAUGCAUGAUCUGGAAGUGGAAUACGAAAUGGCACGACUAUCACUAGAUGAGCAGCUCCUGCAUGCCCAACAGCUACGGACAGAUGCGAAAGCAUCCGCUGUUCAACCCACUCCAUUAACCCAGUAUAUCAUCAAAGAAAUGGACGCUAAAGCCCAACGAAAAGCUGAACGACGACGUACAGUACGAUCAGGUUUCGAUCGUUACGACAUUCCGAAUGCAGAGCGAAAAGGUGGUGUUAUUGAGGUGAAGAAUAGUUCACGCGGGUGGGGUCUGCGAUCUUCACGCACAACUGCUGACGAGAAAGGGCGUACGUCAGAAAGUGCGAGAAAGGAUACAGCAAAAGAGUCAUCGCUGAAGGAUGACCAGGCGGAAGCGGCUGAUCAUCUUGCCAGGCUCUUUGCGAAUGCAAAAAAAGUGCCGGCAGCUGUGGAAAAGAAGCCUUCGUCUGGCAAGCCUGACAAAGGACCGCCAACGAGGAACCGAAGGGAACGUGGGAAAGGAAAACCCGAGUCGACGGCUCAUGCGAAGGCUGAUGAAGCGGCAACAGCUUCAAGCAGAGCGAAUACCACUUCGUCAGGCGACGCGAAGCAAUCGAAAAAGUACUCGGAGCGGAUUCGGCGUAAAGAAGAACAAGCGAAAGAUGCGAAAGAUGACAAGGAGUCUCCGGCGCAGUCCAACGCAACUUAG